GGAGAGGCCGGAAGUUGCGCUCUCUUUCCUCGCCGUUUCAAAAUGCUGCUGAGGCCUUGAGGCCUCGGGGCCUGGGACUGACGCCCCCGGCCCCGUGCUCGGCGGGGGAGCGACUCAUGGAGCGGCCGUGAGACUUACUAGCAAACUGCAAAUUCUUCACUGCCAAAAUGACAUCAUUUCCCACCUCUGCCCAGUGUUCAACCUCUGACAGUGCUUGCAGGAUCACUCCAGAACAAGUUAAUCAGGUACGACCAAAAUUGCCACUUUUGAAGAUCUUGCAGGCAGCAGGUGCACAAGGUGAAAUGUUCACUGUUAAAGAGGUCAUGCACUAUCUCGGCCAGUACAUAAUGGUGAAGCAGCUCUAUGAUCAGCAGGAGCAGCAUAUGGUAUACUGUGGUGGGGAUCUUUUGGGAGAACUACUCGGACGUCAGAGCUUCUCCGUGAAAGAUCCAAGCCCUCUCUAUGAUAUGCUAAGAAAGAAUCUUGUCACUUUAGCCACCACUACUACAGAUGCUGCUCAGACUCUCGCUCUCGCACAGGAUCACAGUAUGGAUAUUCCAGGUCAAGACCAACUGCAGCAAAGUGCAGAAGAAAGUUCCAGUUCCAGGAAGAGAACGGAAGAAGGCAAUAUUCCCACACUGCCUACCUCACAGCCUAAGUGCAGGAAUUCUAGAGGAGAUGAAGAUUUGAUACAAAAUUUAACUCAAGAUGAGACCUCUAGACUGGACCUUGGGUUUGAGGAAUGGGAUGUAGCCGGCCUGCCUUGGUGGUUUUUAGGAAACUUGAGAAACAACUAUACACCUAGAAGUAAUGGCUCAACUGAUUUACAGACAAAUCAGGAUAUAGGUACGGCCAUUGUUUCAGAUACCACAGAUGACUUGUGGUUUUUGAAUGAGUCCGUGUCAGAGCAGUUUGGUGUUGGAAUAAAAGUUGAAGCUACAGAUACUGAACAAUCAGAAGAAGUAGGGAAAGUGAGAGAUGAAAAGCUGUUUGAAGUGGGGGAAAAUGAUGACCCUGAGGACUCUAAGUCCCUAAGUGAUGACACUGAUGUAGAAGUUACCUCUGAGGAUGAGUGGCAGUGUACUGAGUGCAAGAAAUUUAACUCUCCAAGCAAGAGGUACUGUUUUCGGUGCUGGGCCUUGAGGAAGGAUUGGUAUUCAGAUUGUUCUAAGUUAACCCAUUCUCUCUCCACGUCUGAUAUCACUGCCAUACCAGAAAAGGAAAAUGAAGGAAUUGAUGUCCCUGAUUGCAGAAGAACAAUAUCAGCUCCAGUUGUUAGACCUAAAGAUGGAUACAAAAGGGAAGAAAACCCCAGACAUUUUGAUUCCUGCAACUCGGUGGAAUUCUUGGAUUUGGCUCAUAGUUCUGAAAGCCAAGAGACUAUAUCAAGCAUGGGAGAACAAACAGAUAACCUUUUUGAACAGAGAACCGAUGCAGAAAACAUAGAAGACUGCCAGAAUCUCCUGAAGCCCUGUAGUCUGUGUGAAAAAAGGCCACGAAAUGGGAACAUUAUUCAUGGGAGGACAGGCCAUCUUGUCACUUGUUUUCACUGUGCUAGAAGAUUAAAGAAGGCUGGGGCUUCAUGCCCUAUUUGCAAGAAAGAGAUUCAGCUGGUUAUUAAGGUUUUUAUAGCAUAGUAGAAUUAAUGAAUUGCAAAGAAAUACUAAUAUGACCUGGUCAUAUAUUAAACCAUCAGCAUUUAGUCUCUCCCCUCAGUGUGACCCAUCAUACCUGUUCAUUAACUCAUGCAGACAUCUGUGUUCUAGGACAGUUGUGCUUCUAAAUUUACAUGGAAUAUGAGAGUGAGUCCUUUAGAACUAGGUUAUCAAUUUCGGGACCUAUUGUCACGAAGAAAUAUGUUAGUGACUUCUCCCUUCAAAGAUGUGGGUCUAGGAGCGCCUGCCAGUAUAAGUGACAUAUUCAUUCACUCACCAAAUUACUUGAAGACUAAUACUUUUUUUAGUUAAUCUCUACUCUUCUGUUAGAGAAUGUUUCUAGGCAUGAAAAUCCAGAGUGGCUAUUAGAAAAAUAUAAAGCUAACAGUGAAAAAGCAUAAAUGAUUUGAUUAGCCCAGUGAUAGUACGGUGCUACAGGUCACUGUGUUGCAGUCAGGCUGUGUGGUCAGAGCACAAAAGGAAAGUCUUAGAAAACAAGAGCUCUCUUCCACAUGUUCCUAGAAUAACAGUAUCAAACAUUUUUGCUAAUAUACCCCCUGAGUUUGGAAAAAGUAUAUAUUAACUUUUUGCACAUUUAAAAAAAAAAAGAGGUAUAAUUAAUAAUUCAUUGUGCCCUUAGCUGUGUUGUUGACAGCUGUACCAGACAAGUUACAGAAUGUUUGUCACCUGAGGACAUUCCCUUAUAUUUCUUUCUCUACCAUUUUAUGAAUCUCAUUCUACAUUACUUUUCUUUUUGCACAUACUUAAUUUGAUUUCUAAUUUUUUUAAAUAAGAUUAGGUACUUAAAAUAGGUUUAUUAGCCAAUCAAUUGUGUAUGUGCUUUAAAGAUAUUUUUGUCCAAACCAUGGAGCUAUAUAUUUAGUUGGUUAAAUUUGUAGCAUUUACCAUAUAAGCUGGCAUAAUCUGACCUUAUAAAACUAACCAGACAAAUCAAACCACUUUCAGUCAGAAUAUUUGAUUUUAUUUUUAGCUCAAAUAUGUUAACAUAUAUUUCUGAUAUAACCAUGUCAGUUACAGUUCUAAGACAGAAAGAUAAGGGAAUUUUCCACCAAAAUUCUCUUUAUGUUAGUCUGGCCUCUGUGUCUUGAGAGUAUGUGGGGGCUUUUUUCCCCUCCAGUCUUUUUGUCGUCAUGUUUGAUGCCUCUAGAGAAAAGUGGUAAAUCUGAAGAGGUCUUAUCAGUGUGGUAAAUCUUGGUACAAGAUAGAAAUCGAAGAUCUUUGGAUUGAUUUCCUUACAGAUCUUUGGAUUGAUUUCCCAUUGGGGGGAAAAAAAAAGUAUGAACAUACCAUUUUGAGAAUUAAGGGCCUGGAAUGAUCACUUCACCUGGGUUGCAUGUUAAGCAAAGCCCAGCUUCUCCCCGACACACACACCCAUGCAUACCCACCCACCAGGAAUUUCCACUUGAACAAGUAUCGCUGGAAGCUGAUGCUGGUCCAGGACCACAUUUUUUGGAAGCCCAGCCCUAGAAGUGAAGUUUUCCCAAGUAUAGGAAGUAGAACAAGAUUUCUUUAUUGAAUACCAUGCUUGAUUUCUAGCGAGGAAGUUAGAAAGCUAUAGUAUUCUCAAACUGUUCUGUACUCUUAUACUCAACCCCUUUUAUUUUGCAUGAGGCUGAAAGGGUUAAACGACUGUCUGCUUGCAGUCCUGCAAGGAUCUACUCAUGCUGGUACUGAAUCCUCACUUAACUCUUGUUAAAUAUUUUAAUGAUGGUGCUUGUUGAAUCUGGAACAGCUAAUAACCUUUAAACAUACUAGAAGCUCUGACUUUACAGCUAAGAUAGAACUUUAGCGAGAACAGUGACUUUCUCCUACAAGAGGCAGGGCCCAGUAAAUGUUGGACUGUCUUACAAAAUCAGUAAAUUACCGCUAAAGGUAGCAGAGGAGCCUGAACCACUUCUCCAGUGUUCUGACUCAGCAGUGAAAGUUGGGUCCGGUCUCCAGGCACUGGGGACAAGAAGAACCAGUCCUCCUAGGCCUGAGCUUGGUGGGGCUGUGGUAAAUGCUGUAAACUCCAGAUGAGUUACCUCGCAUUUUCCCGGCAACCCGCUCUUCUGAUGGUGUGAUUGCCUUGAAUUUGGGUUUUCUAUGUGCUGGCCAAGUGCUUGUAGGGAGAAAGAUACAUGAGCACCUGUGGCCUGCGAUUCCCCUUAGAUAAACUUUCUUUUUUUAAGAACAUCUAAAAAAAUGUGUUUCUAGCCAUUUCAGGGUAGCUUGGGUACUUCCUGGCCCAGCACAGAAUCCUCCUGGGCCUCAGCUUUUCCUCCCUAGGAUUUUCACCGCUUCCAUUAGCGCUAUUUAGAAGUAGCUGUGAGUUCAUAUGGAAUUUACUCCUGUCUGAGUAAACGAACUCGUCUUGAUCUUCCCCCUUCCUUUGUUUGAUGCCACGGGGAGUGUUUUACACUCUGAGGCAGUGCUCUAAGGGGCACUGUGCUGCGGUACAGCUCUGUCUUAGCUACCACUAAGACUGCCUGACUUGGGUGUGGAAUCUUCGUGGGCUGCUUUUCUGGACUCCAAACACUACCGUUUAAUUUCAGCUGCAGCAGCGUGGCCUUGGCUGUGUUCUGAGCAAGUGCCUUGACUCCUGUUUGCAGCAUCCUGUCUGGUCAGGCUCCUUUCCUCUUUACCCUCAGAGGUGUCCACUUGAACAUUAAGUUCUCUGCUCAUCCUUGCCUGCAGCCGCGCUUGAAUUAAAGUCUUGAUUGUGAGACUUUAAAGUAGGUGUCGGUGGAAUUGCGUGUUGUGUGUCACACCACAGGCGUGUGGUGGAUGAGUCCUUUCAUGAGCAUCAAACUACUUGUUUUACUUAUUUAAAUUAAUAUUUAUCGUCAUGUUAUCCUGAAUAAAGUUCAGAGCAUAAAUUACAUUAUUAGAAAAAACUGCAUUUCUAGAUUGUAGCUACAAAUGUCCUCUGUGUCUUAAUAUUAACUAUCUACUUGCACUGUGUCUGGUAAACUUUGUGUUUAAUACUGAAAUCAGACUUUCUGGAAAGUCUUAGAUGAAGCCUUUCAACUGAUAGCACCAUUUACCCGUAGCCCCACUGUGGAGUAUCAUAAGCUCUUCAUCCUAGCUCUGACCGUGGAUGUCCAGCUAGGCCAGCCUCACACUGCCAUGACCUUGUCUGAUGUAAUGUUGAGUCACUGCCAAGCAUUGGAAUGCAGCUGCGCUUUGAUUGUGAUUUAUGUUUAUUUAGUUGUAUGUAAUGCUUUGUACGAUAUUUUGUUCAGAAGAAUUUAUAUUUGCCAGUGAAGAUCAUACAUGACCUUUUAAAAUGUCCAUUUAAUGCAAUGUUGACUUCUUUGAAAAGUUAACGGGAAAUUGGCUGUUCAGUCUCACGUUUUACAGCUACUGUGUUACCUCUUGAUUCUCUUUGGGAAAGAGGAAACUUGGUGGCCAGGUGUUUGGGAUUUUCCCCCACAGAGAGUUAAGUGAGUUUCUGAAAUAGGUAGCUUGAGAUACUGUGAAUCUGUUGUUUUCCAUUUAGCUGAUUUUCUGCUUAGCCUGUUCAGACCCAGGUCUUGAAGAGCUCACUUGCUGCCCCUGCCUCCUGGGUGGACACAUGCACAUAUGCGUGGAGCGGCUGCCCGUGCCCGUGCCCAGGGUGGCUGUAGGUUAGGAGCUGUGUUCAGAAGCCGCACUUCAAAGAUAGAGGACCCUGUGCGCUCUGCUCUGUGCCAAAAGUGAAAAUGUACAGUGUUUACCAGUAUCUAGCGUUUUGCACUGCCGUAAAGAAUGCUGGAAAGUUCCUUUGCUGAAACUUCUCUGAUUUGUGAAUAGCAGAGUUGUAGUUCAGCAUAUGAGGAAAAAUUUUGAGGUCUCUAAAGCUAACUUGGAAAUGAGUAUAUGAAGGUCAAGGGGUUCCCCCAGACCUAAUUUGGGGACUUUUGUUUUCCAGACAUCCUUUCUGUUCACGCUGUUGUUGUUUGUCAUUGCUGUUUUUUUUUUUUUUAACCUUUAGGAGGCCUACAGAUCUCUCUCCUGGGAGAAUGUCCCAUAAGCAUUUCGAGAGCUUUUGAUGCAAUCCCAAGUAAUGCUAGUAUCAGUGAUGGCUAGAGAGAAGGUUAGUGAAUCUCUGCUGCUGAGGCUUACUGUACCUCUCUCAGAAGCCUCUGCAAUAACUGCAAAUGUUAUAUUUGCUGAAAAAGGUUGCUCAUAUUUCUGGGUAGCUUAGCUCAGCUCCAGAAUGCUGCUGCUCUUGCCACCAGGAUCCUUCUGUCUUCCGGGUACAAGCACAACUCAUUGGGACAGCAAGGGUCCAGGAUACUGAGCAGGCCAAACAGGGCUACCGGGACAGUUCCUGUCUCAGACAGUUGCUAUAAUUAGCAAGUGUGUUAUUGAGAAUCAACUUUACAACACUUGAGUUAAAAGAAGAGCACGCAAAUUUCUUACCCCAAGACAUUUUUUUUUAAACAGUACCUUAUUUUCAGAUAGUCAGCCCCCGUCCUUCCAUUUGUGAUUUCUCCCUCAGUUCAGAAUUAUUCUCUGCUUAUGGGUAUUGCUUUUAUACCAAAGGCCUUUUGUUUCACCCCCUGGGUGGUUGUGUCUUCAGUAGCUGUUCGUCCCUUUCCCCUCGGUCCCAGGGAGUGUCUCUUGUGGGGUUUGGUAGUGGAUUCUAGCAAUAAGGACGGAAGCUCUGUCCUGAGAGCUGCUGUCUAAUAAAACUCAUCUUGAGGCCGAGGCUUCCUUUGUGUACGUGAGAGAGUGAGGGGAGUAGCGCCCUGUUGUUUCUGCUAAGAAGUGGAAGCCAGCCAUUCCUACGACAGGAGGCUUGUUCUUUCCCCCUGUAGGCUUGCCUCAUGUUUUCAUUUACUUUUUCUUCUUUUUUCUCCCCCUUUAAUCUCUUUAAAAGUAGUAGACAAUAUUUUAAAGGGAGAAUGAAAUGUUUGUGACCUCCAGCACUUGGCAAAGUAGAAGUCUUAAACUGCUUCUAAAUAGAACUCUCCUGAGUCCAUAGCUAGGAACCGUAAGUGCCUCCUUGGAUAGAGAUAAGGAAUAAUACUCUGUCUCGAGUCCCAAUAUUAACGUUGCGCCUCCAUUUCUCGCGUCUGUGAAGUGAGUGUACAUGCUGUCUUUCUACCUCGUCGUCUGUUGUGGGGAUUCAGUAUGGAGGAGCAACUACAAACCCUAGAAUUGCCUUCGGUGAGAUGCUACAAGUUCGUGUACUUGAUAGACCAAUACCUCACGCCCUGGCAUGAGCACAAGCCCUUUAUUCCUGCCUAGCAGAGCCUCUGUUGCUCCCGUGGCCAGGCCUCCUGCCCGAGCCCUUCCUUUGGCGUCGGCCUCUCUCCUAGGGGAGAGGGUUCUCUUGCAAAGUUGGGGAGGACCGUCUCAGUUUGUAGCAGCUACAACUGCCUUGCUAUGCCUUGUUGUAUAAAAUUCUCUUUCUCCAUGCACUUGAGUAGGUGGCAUAAAAUGCAUUGUCAGUAAACAGAAAACAAGCAAUUUUACAGGUCGCAUAAUCCAAUCCGGUAGCCUCCAUCAACAGCAUUAGCGUGUGUGAACUUGUAAGAUGGGAAGAAAAGCAAUUGCAAAUGACGCUGACUGGUGGCCCACUCACUAAAUGAAGAAAGACAUGUUUUUGUGCGUUUUUGCCAUGUUGUCAUAAGCACCACUAAGUUAAUAAUCGCUCUGUAUCUUCUUGAUACUUGCACUAUAUAAUGCUUUUAAUAGCUGUCGAUUUCUCUUGUGCUUAUUCUUUUGUAUAUUAAAUAAUUUUCAUU